AAAAGGGGAAUUUUACGUUUGUUUUGACCCUGACAAAUAUCGCGUAAUUCGUUGUUGUAUCAACAACACAAUGAGUAACGCACAAGAAAGAGCAAGGAACAAAAUAUCUACAUUUGUUACAUUGUUGGAGAAGAAAGGCAUUCGACUUCUUGCGGUAGAUUUCGAUGAAACAUUGAUCUCAAUCCAUUCUGGGGGGUGCUGGAAAGACAGUGCAGAGAAACUGUCGCAGCAUGUUCGACCGUGUGUUCGUGAUUUGAUGGAAGAGGCCUUGCAACGUAACGUCAAUGUUUGCAUCGUCACUUACUUCACUCAGCCAUGGAUCAUCAGAGAAAUGCUGAAAUUAGUUUUCAAAAGAGAUGUAGAAAAGAUUUAUGUUCAAGCCAACACAGCAGAAUUCCGUGAGAAAAACAAGCAUCAAAUUCUCGGCAAAGAGGCCCAUUUGGCAGCAGUAUGUACAGAAUUAUAUAAUCAAAAACAUGUGAUCAUUAAACCUGAAGAAAUCAUUCUGUUUGACGACGACAUGGAUAACAUUGACACAGCAAUCCAGUUUGGACAUUGGGCUGUGGCUGUUAAAGAUGACAUAAGUUAUCUCUCGUUUGAUGACUUUUCCAGGAUGUUUAGGAAUUCUGCAACCAAGAGAAAAGUCAGUUCCUGAAAGUAUUUGUAGAUGUUACCCAGCGUGCUGCAUUGCUUAGUGUUAGUAAUUUAUAUAUGAACAUGAAUAAAAAUGUCACUGGUGUUAACAAUAUAGUUAUAAUAACUCGCUUGUUAAUCACUGCUAAAUAAUUACCCGGUAAUAAGCUGUUAUGUAAAUUAGCCUUUUUAGAAAAAAAAGGGUACCACGACGUACCAGGCACAAGUAGAGCAAAUUUGGUAUAACAUUUUGCUAUUGUAUGAUCAUGCACUUAACUAACAUAAAAGUAUAUGAGGCAUCAGACAUUUGUUGAUCAUAUAAAGGAAUGUUUAUUAACAGCAAUACAGGUUAAUCAAAUUGUUGAAUAUCCAUUUUUAUCUGCAAAAUAUUAUAUUAAAUUUUUAAUCACACUUAACCAACAAGUUCAUGUUUUAAUAAUACAUAUUCUUUAAUCAGCUGAUCUGAAAUUGAAUGUUCAAAAUGACUCCAUUGAUAUACAAAAUAUAUGAAAAAAAGAAUUUUAGUUUUAUC